AUCGCGCACUUCUAACUCGAGGCUUGGAAUACGGGGCUCCGCUCCGGCGCUCAGGAAGCAGCCAGCGUACGCGGAGAAGUCACGCCAUUACAGUGUAUCGAGAGCGUUAUAAAGGCAUCCGCCACAGUGCAUAACGAGUGCGUUGUAAGACGCCGCCGUCACAGCGUAUACCGAGAGCGGUAUAAGCCACCGCCGUUACAGCGCAUGACGAGCGCGUCAUAAGCCGCCUGCGUUACGCGAGAAGCAUCCUCCGUCGCAAUGCCUCUAACGCGGAAAGGCCCGGCGACGGCGGGCGCACGAGCAGCAGCGGUGGGCGGCACUUCCCUUAGAGAGGUCGAGACGCGAUUAACGUUCGAUAUCCACCCGUCGCGGUCGGGAAAUGUGGUAGCGGGAGUUAAGGAGCAGCUGAAUAACUCACUCAUGAGGUAUAGCGAGGAGUUCAGAGGGAUAGUACUGGCUUAUUCCAAGGUGCUGCUGUUCGGCCGCACGGUCAGCAUUCUGACCGGCCUCAACCCCUACCUACAUGUCAACCUCUCAGCGCGACUGCUGCUCUUCGCGCCCAGACCAGGGGCUUUCCUGGAGGGAGUGGUGAACAACAUAGGGGCGGACUUCAUAGGUCUCCUGGUGCUGGGUGUGUUCAACGCUGCUGUUCCCGACCAGUUCAUGCGCUCGUGGCGGCAUGUGGAGGACGACUCCCAGCAGCAGCACUGGCAGCACGAGGAGUACGCCUCUCACCGCAUCUCUGUGGGGACUCGGAUUCGGGUGCAAGUGGCCAGUGCCACAGGGGACGGCACCCUGAUAUCCAUCAGGGCGUCGCUGGACCACCCCGAGACUGGCUGCGUGGACUGGCUGGCGGCAGAGAGUAAACAGCUGGCGAAGAGCAGACACCGGCACAAGCACAGACACGGGCACGGGCAUGGGCACGGGCAUGAUAAGCAGCAGCAGCAACAGCAGGAGCAGCAGCAGCAACUGCAGCUGGUAGCCGUGGAGCCGCAAAGCACCGCUCUUCCCACCACCACACAAAAGAAGCGCAAAGCUGACCAAACAGAAGCAGCAGCAGCAGCAGCAGCAGCAGCAGCAGCAGCAGCAGGGGCAAUAGUACUAGCAGAGCCCAUGACACCUGCUGCUCCUGUCGCUGCUACUGCUGCUGGAGGCUCUGGUGCCUCCCCUGCUCCCUCCACCAUGGCAACACCCAGCAGCAUUGGGGAUGCUGCAGGGAAGACACCCAGCAGCGAUGCUGUAGCGGGGAAGAAGAAGAAACGGAAGGUGAAGGAGGGCGAUGUGUCUGCUGCUCUCACAGCCACUCCUCCGAGCACUGCCAAGGUGUCCAGUGGAAAGAAGGCAAAGAAGGCCGCUGCGGCUAGCAGCUAGCCAGUACAAGAGCACUGUUAUAGGGAAGUGUGGCAAGGCAGCGGAGGGUAGCGAUGUGUCUUGUGCGCACACUGGCCUGGCCAUGCGUCUGCUGCUACAACUGCUGUCCCCACUGCCCACGCAGUGACUCCCCCAAGCUCUGUAAAGGCCUCCAGCCGGAUGCAAGGAGAAGGCAAGGAGAGCCAGGGCAGUGCAGGGAGCGCCUAGUGGUGCGUGCCUGACUGCGCUGGAGAUGGUAAAAGUGUCAACAAAAGCCUUUCACUGUGGCUGUUAACUCGUAAAGCGGAAGGCUAUGUUGGAAGUAGGUACUAGUCUACAACUGCUUAAUUGUUUGCUCAUGAGUGAUGAUAAAGAGGCUGCUAAGAAAAAGCUCUUCUAAAAUAAAUGGUACGCAGGGUCCUCGAUUGCAGACAAAAUCAGAAACAGACGGAUUUUGGCCUUCAUCUGAUUUUC